ACGAGCUCAAUAUCAACUAGCCUGACUUAAUAAAAAUUAUAACCUCCCAUCAAAUUUGGGUCCCCUUUCUGCUUUAACAGAGAAUGUUCUCCACAUUUUUCUAGAUUACUGUUCUGAUAAAGUCUUUUCACAAUCCUCAUUCCUGCAGGGCGUUGUCCUCCGUGGUGGCCCUGGGCGCCAACAUCAUCUGCAACAACAUACCAGGACUGGCACCCCGUCAGAGGGCCCUAUGCCAGAGUCGCCCGGACGCCAUCAUCAUCAUUGGCGAGGGCGCCCAGUUGGGAAUCAACGAGUGCCAGUACCAGUUCCGCUACGGGCGCUGGAACUGCUCUGCCCUGGGGGAGAGGACGGUCUUCGGACAAGAGCUGAGAGCAGCAGGGAGGCAGCAUUCACCUAUGCCAUCACAGCCGCUGGAGUUGCCCACGCGGUGACGGCGGCCUGUAGCCAAGGCAACCUAAGCCAGUGUGGCUGUGACCGCGAGAAGCAGGGCUACCAUGAUCGGGAGGAGGGCUGGAAGUGGGGAGGCUGCUCGGCAGAUGUCAAGUACGGCAUGGAGUUUUCGCGACGAUUCGUGGACGCUCGUGAGAUCAAGAAAAACGCCCGCCGACUGAUGAACCUCCACAACAACGAGGCGGGUCGAAAGAUCCUGGAGGAGAGAACGAAGCUGGAGUGCAAGUGUCACGGCGUCUCCGGUUCCUGCACCACCAAGACCUGCUGGAUCACCCUGCCGAAGUUCCGAGAGGUCGGCUACCUGUUGAAGGAGCGCUACGGCGACGCGGUGCAAGUGGAGCCCGUCCGGGCCUCGCGGCUCCGCCAGCCCUCCUUCCUGCGCCUGAAACAGGCUCGGGGCUACCAGAAGCCCACGGACACGGACCUGGUGUACCUGGAGCGCUCGCCGAACUACUGCGAGGAGGACACGAUCACGGGAAGCACGGGGACGAGGGGCAGGCUGUGCAACGGCACUUCCGCUCACACGGACGGAUGCAACGUGAUGUGCUGCGGCCGGGGCUACGACACGCACCACUACACGCGGGUCUGGCAGUGCAACUGCAAGUUCCACUGGUGCUGCUUCGUCAAGUGCAACACCUGCAGAGAGAAAUCGGAAGUUUUUACCUGCAAGUAGGAGCAAACGGGGACUCCGAAAAGGAAGGGCCUUGAGAUAUUUAUUACAUUUUGCACAUUUUGGCAUCGUAUUUCUAAAGAAACAGAAACUCAAGCUGAAUUUGAGCUGCGGAAGUUACUGGGAGCAACAGAGACAAACAACUUUGCAAAGGUUUUCAACUUUUUCAAAUAUUCUUAUGCAACAGCCGCAAACUUGAACAUAUUUUUUAGGGGUUUUCAGUGAUAGACCAGCAAUAAGUAGUUAGGUGACUAUCAGCUUUGCACAAGCAUGAAAACAAUAUUUUAGUUUUUUUGUGGACAGUAAUUUUCACAACUUGGAAGAUUUUUUUUAGUUGGAUUUAGAGCUGAACUUGGACUGGGCCACUAACAGUCACUGUAGCUCUGGUUGUAUAUAUUUUUAUAUGGAAAGGUCUGCAUAUAAUUUUCUUCCCACUUCACAAUUACGCAUUACCUUAUGUUGGUCUAUCACAUGAAAACACUAAAACAUAUUUAGGUUUGUGGCGAUUAUUUUUGCAGGAAACCUAUUCGCUUCCAAACUGGUGUUAGAAGACGUUGCAUUAAUAAGGCAAAAUUUUUGACAUCGAGCAACGGCUGUUGGUUAUUAUUUUAACAUUUAUGUUCAGGGGAACAUAAAUCAGAAAUGUACUUUGGACUGCCCUGGAAGAAGCCUCCACAUGCGGCCAGAAGAAAUGGCAGCCGAACAUCUUCUCACACUGUAUUCUGUUUAAACACUGAAAAAAAUAUAUAUAUUAAAACUAUUAUUUAUGUAGAACAUCUUGCAGCUGGGCAUCUCAUACCACUCAAACAUAUUUCCUUCACAAUGACCAUCAUCUGUUAUUUAAAACAAACUGUACCUUCUUUGGCACAUUCAGACAGUCACGUUGCCCUAUACUUUGCCUCAAGAUUUUACACUAAGGGCUGGUGUUGAACUGGCACAUUUUAUGCAUAAACCCACCAUCCCCAGGCCAGAUGGGUUUGUUCCGCCAACAAAUGCAUUGCUUUAGGAAUCCAACCUGUGAGUGUGAACGGCCCUCCAUCCUGACUGCGCUCAUUGUCUGGCUGUUGGACGAGCUGGUGCUUAGCAGAAAGCCACGCAAGCCUCGUUGGGAAAUCCACGGAGGAGCGAUCGGGCCGAGACGCAGAGUCCCACACGGCAGCCUCUGCUUACACAAAGCCUUCCAGCGUGGUUUAGGCCUACUCAGGCAGAUGGCAUGGGACCGUAAACCACAUGGAAACGGGGAGGCAGGGGAAACGCCAAAGGCUUGCUAUUUCUGGACAGCACCCUUAAUGUAUUUACACAUUUGUUUUUGGUUGUUUUUAGGCUUUGUAUGAGUUACAAAACAAUUGGAAGAAUAUAUUUUUAUAUGAGGAACGUGGCACUUUAUGUCAUUUCUAGCUGGAAAGAGUGUUUCUUAUUCAUGUCAUUUUAUACAUAUUUGAAAGCUAUAACUUAUUUGGAAUUGGUGUUAUUCUGGA